CUCGGUUCUGCGCGUCUCUUGAAGUUGAUGGUCUCUUGAUCAGCUCCGAGUCUUGAUGUCAGCGAUCCUCAUCAUGCACCCUGCAUAGACGCGACAGCUUUGGAUUCACAAAAGUCUCUUGUCCCUGCAAAUCAAAUCAAUAGUACCUACCUAGGUGUACCGGUACAGAGUCACGGGCUACAGCUGGUGCUCUGAAGACAAUCAAGGGUCUUCAUUCUCAGGUUGCUCAAUCCAAACAAGGCAGUGGGACUACAUCCCAGCGCCCUAUCCAGCUGAGCUUUUGCAUGAAGCUAGAUCCACCAUCAUUUAGGAGGAGUGUGAACCAAAACGCAUUCUUUUUGUUCAAAGCUGCAAUACUCGAAAGGAGUGGUGAACUACAAGUAGCUGUCUUUGGCAGGGCCAUCUUGAGCUGUCUUCCAGCUGAAAAGCUUUGAGAAAUUCUAUUAAACCACUCCGCUUGGGGCAGCAUGGCUCCAAGUGCUGACGUCGAGGCUGGGGCUCCCCACUCGCCCCACAAGGUGGACACGAAUCCUACCCCACAGGUCACCUACAAGGAUUUUAAGAAGAUCAUCGACUACAAGAAUCCCAAGGACUGCAUUUUUGGAAACUACGAUUAUGGAUCAAUGUGCAUGCCCCGGUGGCCGUGGUGCACUGGGCGCUUCCCCAAUCUGAAGCCUACCCCCCAGCGCUUCUUCCCUGUGGACGAGCCUCUCCCCUGGAUGCUGGCACUCCUCAUGGGCUUCCAGCAUGCUGUUGCCAUGAUUGGUGGCAUCAUCGUCCCACCCCUGCUGAUCUCUGCCACCCAGGAUGACCCUGAUACCAAAUCAUACCUGGUCUCAGCCUCUCUCAUUGUCUCGGGCAUCUGCUCCGUCAUCCAGUGCUUACGCUUCAAGAUUCCGUACACCAACCUGUUCUACGGAACAGGAAUGAUCACAGUAACGGGGAAUGGAGUCCAGCAGCUGCAGGUCAUUCUGAUCUCCCUGGAGCAGAUGACGGCAGACGGUGUUCCUUGGAACGAAGCCUAUGGGAAGAUGCUCGGCACACUCUUCCUCUGCUCUUUCACCAUGGUCCUAAUCUCCUUCCUGCCUGAGAAGGCCAUCAACCGCAUCUUCCCACCAUGGAUUGCUGGUGUCACCGUCUUUGUUGGAGGCGUCAGUCUGGUCGGGGUUGGACUUUCGAACUGGGGUGGAGGUACGGGCUGCACCGAUGGCAAAACUCUCUGCAAGGGGAACGGCGGCGUUGAGCUCCUCUUUGGAAACGCCAACUACAUCGGCCUGGGAUUCAUUGUGUUUGCGUCCAUCAUAAUCAUCGAGCUUUUUGGAUCCCCUUUCAUGCGCAACGUUCAGAUCAUGGCUGGAUUCCUUAUCGGUUACCUGGUCGCCGCUCUGGCCAGGCACGACGGACAAAAGUACACAAACAACGCAGCCAUCAGCGCGGCGCCAGCUGGCCAGUUCCUCUGGCUCAGGACCUUCAAGAUCGGCUUCUAUCCGGCAGCGGUGCUUCCUCUUAUCAUCGCUGCCAUGGUCGACUCGUCGAACACCGUUGGCGACAUCACUGCAAGCGAGGAAGCUUCGGGGCUUGCAACUUACGGACCCGAGCACAACGCUCAUCUGCAGGGGGGUCUUUUGGCCGACGGUAUUAACAGCAUGUUUGCGGCCUUGGCGACUGUCACUCCCGUCCUUGUGUUUGCUCAGAACAACGGGGUUAUCUCCUUCACACUCGUGGCCGCCCGCGUGGCCGGCACCUUCUGCGGCUUCUGGCUGAUCGCCCUCGGCAUCAUUGGCAAGUUCGGAGCUUUCCUAGCCAACGCGCCCAACAUCAUUCUCGGGGGGCUGCAGACCUUCGUCUUCUCAACAGUCGCCAUGGCUGGAAUCCGGCUUAUGAUGAUGACCAACUUCACACGCCGCAUCAGGUUCAUCCAAGUGCUGGCGAUCGGAGUCGGUGUGGGUGCGACCCUUGUUCCCAACUGGGGGACCAAUGACCUGUGGCCCGUCACCCCCAGCAUGAGCACCUUCGUCAAGUCGCUCAGGAACAGCGUGACGAUCAUCAUGGGCACAGGCUUCGCGCUCGCCUUCGUCAUCGCGGUUAUCUGCCACAACAUCCUGCCGGAGGAGGAGGACCCCGCGGCGCUCCGCCUGGCUUAUAAGCGGAACGCCAUCGCGUAUGGCGCGACCAACACCGAGGAGGGCCUCACCGAGGAGGUCUACGCGAAGCAGCUCGCGGAGCUCCGCGAAGAAGAGGCGGAAGUGGCUCGUAUGAGCGCCCCUGGCGCGCACGCGAUGGCUAAGUAAGCUGACAUUGCAAUGGCGUCAGCAAGGCGUCCUUCCUUAAUGGGACGCUGUAAAGAGUGCACAGGGUGCAGGGUCAUGAAGUGCUUAUCGCGUUUGCAAACGCAUUGGUGUCUGUUCAUAACAAAACAGGUAUUUAUACCGGGUAGCCAAGCUUUUGCUUUAGUUACCUAGUCUGGAGAUUGAUGUCAGAUACGUCAUCUGUUUGGUGUAGCUUCAUUUCGUUUUAAUUGAAGCAGUCUAGAGCCUGUUGGGAUUUGACAGCUAGAGGUGGAAGUGGACUAUAUGUCAAAAGCACUCAAAUUUGAAGCUAGGGGUUGGAGAAUAGGGGCAAUGUCUUCUGGCCAUUGGGAGGGGUGUCAAUUUAACUACCUUGCAUGGUUUUUAUGACCGUGAUACACGAUCACGCAUACUAACGCCUGAAGCAGUCCUAAAGUACAUAAGAUCGUACUACAUACAGACGUACCUACAGUAGCAUAAGUGUAGGUGAGACGGCAUGGACGGUUCGGGAGGGCCGGGUCCGAGAACCCAGGAGCACCAUCCAGAAGUUCAAGCCUUGAUCUACUGUAGCUGUUUUGAUAGAGCAGGUGUACUAGCCACAGAAGUCUGAAACAGGGAUAAGUCUAUAACGAGUUCGACUGGCAACGUCGAGUCCAGCGUUUCGCUGGUAUAUUACCAACUUUCUAGGUAGUCCUUGAUUUUCAACUACGCAUUGAAGUUUGCAUCUCUGCUUCAUUGUACAUCCUUUGAAAAAGCCCUGGAUGCCCCA